UCUAAAGCGCGUGUCUGAUCAGCUGGGAACGACGGUAAAAGCAACAUGGCGGCGCCCGUGCGAGGCUUGCAGUGUGCUCUGAAAAAGAGUAUUGUACCACCGUUAGUCGUGAUUUUAGGAGCAACCGGUACUGGGAAGUCUAAACUGGCGAUUGAAAUUGGUAAACGACGUCAGGGAGAGAUAAUCAGUGCCGAUUCCAUGCAGGUGUAUCGUGGGCUGGACAUCAUAACCAAUAAGGUGACUGCUGAGGAGCGUGCCCAGUGCAGUCAUCACAUGAUCAGCUUCGUGGAUCCCUUGGUCAGCAGCUACACUGUGGUAGACUUCAGGAACAAGGCCCUGGCUCUCAUAGAAGACGUGUACAGCAGAGAGAAGCUGCCUGUCAUAGUAGGAGGAACUAACUACUACAUAGAAUCACUGCUGUGGAGAGUACUGAUGGAUGAAGGGGUAAGAGCCACACUCCUCACCCCUAACUCACCCCUACAUCAGUCAUUGCUGUGGAGAGUACUGAUGGAUGAAGGGCAUGAGAAUGAAGGAGAGGGGAAGAAAGGCGGGUCUCUUGACGGGAAGGCGGAGCUCGAGAAACUGGGCGGGGCUGAGCUCCACAGGAGACUGACCGAGGUCGAUCCUGAAAUGGCCUCCAUGCUACAUCCUCACGACACACGCAAGAUUGCCAGGAGCCUACAGGUGCAUGCGGACACAGGCGUGCCUCACAGCCAUUGGUUGGAGGAGCAGAGAGGGCAGGAGGGGGGAGAUGUGCUGGGGGGGCCACUGAGGUACCCAGACCCCUGUAUCUUCUGGUUACAUGCUGACAUGGAGGCCAUAGAUGAGCGCUUGGACCGGCGUGUGGAUCAGAUGCUGUUGACAGGCCUGAUAGACGAGCUCAGAGAUUUCCACCUGAGAUUCAACCAGCAGAAGAUUCAGGACCAGAGUCAGGACUACCAGCAUGGUAUAUUCCAGUCUAUAGGUUUUAAGGAGUUCCAUGAGUACCUGACAUGUCCUGAUGAGACGACACAGGAGGUCCGAGAGACACUCCGGAACCAAGGACCAGGGGACAACGUCCCUGCGGUGUAUGGUCUGGAUGUGACUGACGUGUCACAGUGGGAGGAGACUGUCCUAAGCCCAGCCCUUCUCAUACUGGAUAGUCUUACUAAGGGGGAGCGACCUACCGUUGAGCCAAUGAGAGUGGAGGGGGCGGGGAAGAGGAACAAGCGAAGCCGUCACACCUGUGAGCUGUGUGACAAGGUGAUCAUUGGAGAUCUGGAGUGGACAGCCCAUCUCAAGUCUAAAAAACACCACUAUCAUGUGAGGAAAAGGAGGAAGUGCGAGCCCGAACCUGAACCAGCCAGCCACCAGCCCCAGGGGACUACUCCACCUCCCACCUCUACUACAGAUGGCCCUACCUUGGGUAACUCCACUACUCUAGCCCCUGGCUCAGCUGAGGCCUGUGGAGAACCAGAGUCCCCAGGUACCAGUUCUACUGAGAAAGAAGCCCCAGUUCUAUAGGAGAGGAGGUAUGCUUCACUAUAAGGCCCUAUGAUCAGUAUUGCUGAUGGGACAGAAGUCAGUCUUUUUGGCCUCAGCUUGUCGGAUUGACUCCUGUUAAAUCAGAAAGAUAAAACGGAACAAUCAAAGACACUUAAAAAGUAAAUAAAAAAUAAUGGAUUAUCUGAGGACAACACAGAGACCGGGGAGAAGUCGGUCUCUUGACGACAUCACCGCUAUGACAUCAUCACUCCUGUCUAUGACUUCAUCGUUGUUGGACUCCAAGCUCAUGGAUUUGGUCGGUUUUGGUUCCUUGGAUUCUGAAGUGAAGUUGAAUUGUGACAGAACUCUCAAAUGGAAUGACAGUUGAUGUUCUACAGCAGGGUUCAAUAAGACCCCCAACCGUCUCUGUCCUCGUCAGGUAACCUGUCUAGUAAACACACUCUAUGGCAACUGCUGUGUUUGUAACGAGAUGUACAUGUGUCUGCAUUGUAAUUAUUAUAAUUAAAGAUACAUUUUUUUUUUUUUAAUAUGA